AUGUGCUGUGUGCGGUUGGUGGAUGGAGGCAGUCGCUGUGCUGGGAAAAUAGAGGUUCUUCAUAGAGGACAGUGGGGAACAGUUUGUUAUUUUGGCUGGCAUUUGACAGCAUCUGCAAUGGUGUGUAGAGAGCUAAAUUGUGGGGAGCCACAGAUUAUUGAACCUUCUAGAUCAGAAUCAGGACUAAUCUGGAUGAGUGAUGUGGGGUGCAGUGGAUCGGAGUCUACACUGAAGAACUGUGGAUCAACGGGGUGGGAAGAAAGUGACUGUGCAUUUAACAUUGAUGUUAAACUCAUUUGUUCAGGUACGCUCACUGAUGGUCAUCAUCCAUGCUCUGGGAGAGUGGAGGUGUUUCAUAGAGAGACCUGGUCCACAGUGUGUGAUGCUGACUUUGACCAGCAGGAUGCAGAGGUUGUGUGUCGAGAGCUGGGCUGUGGGCUUCCUGUGGAGGUGCUGGGAGCAGCUGCUUUUGGCAGAGGGGAGGGUCAGGUGUGGUCAGAGGAGCUUCAGUGUAGAGGGGAUGAAUCUGGGAUUUCAAUCUGUCCAACAUCAUCGUCAUACAAACACAACUGCACCCAUGACAGUGAUGUGGGAUUAAAAUGUUCUGGUCACACUCAGGCUCUGCUGGUGAACAGUUCUGACUCCUGUUCUGGUCGUGUGGAACUCCAGUACCUCAGUGAGUGGGGCACAGUGUGUGAUGUAAGCUGGGAUAUAAGAGCUGCCAGUGUCCUCUGUGGUCAGCUGAAGUGUGGGAGUGCUGUGGCUGUGUUGGGGUCAGACUGGUUUGGGGAGGGGAGUGGCCGGAUCUGGGCUGAUGUGUUUGAUUGUCAGGGGAACGAAAAACACCUGUCAGAAUGUCCCAUUUCAUCAUGGAGUCGAACUGCAUGCUCUCAUAAACAGGAUGCUGGAGUCAUCUGCAGUGGUUCCUCUCUGGCAUUUCAUGAGGGGCGAGUGCGGUUGUCUGGAGGGAUGGAGUGUGAGGGGGAGGUGGAGGUAUACUUCAGACAGGACUGGAGGAGAGUUCUGCUGGACUCCUGGAGUGAGUCUGAGGCCUCUGUGGUCUGCAGACAGCUGGGCUGU